AUGGGGCCUCCCAGCCCUUUAUCCUUUAGGCGGACAGCCAUCCUCGGUCUGCUGUCCUUCGGCACCCUGAUCCCCUCAGCAUUCGCCGUCAAGGAACACGAUUUCAAGAAAUGCCACCAGUCUGGCUUCUGCAAGCGCAACCGUGAUUAUGCCGACAGCAUCAACUCCAAGGGCUCAGCGUGGACUGCCCCAUACGAUAUCCUCCCCGAUUCAUCCUCCUUUCAGGAUGGUCAGCUUGAAGCUGUCAUUCUCAAGACGAUCAACGACGACAAGGAUACGGUUCGACUGCCAAUAACCAUCUCCUUCCUCGAGUCUGGCACUGCCCGUGUUACUGUCGAUGAGGAGAGGCGCCAGAAGCAAGACAUCGAAUUGAGGCACGACAGUAAGAUUCGCAAGGAGCGAUUCAACGGUGUGGAGAAGUUGGCCAUCACCGGCGGGCUCAACUUGGACACGGAGGCCAAGGUUACACAUCAGGAUAAGUCGCAUAUUACGGUCGCAUACGGCCCUUCCCACAAAUUUGAGGCAGUGGUCAAGCUCUCGCCCUUCGGCAUUGAAUUCAAGCGCGACGGCGCCACCCAGAUCAAGUUUAACGAUGGCGGACUACUGAACGUGGAGCACUGGAGGCCCAAGAUUGAGAAGCCCGUUGAGAAAGUCGAGCCAGCCGCCGAGGGCGAGCAGAAGCCCAUCGAGGGCGAAGAGGCGGCAACACCCGAAACGGUGGUUGGUAAUGAUGAGAGCACCUGGUGGGACGAGACCUUUGGUGGAAACACAGACAGCAAGCCCAGGGGCCCAGAGAGUGUCGCGCUCGAUAUCUCUUUCGUGGGCUAUGAGCAUGUCUUUGGCAUUCCCGAGCACGCUGGUCCCAUGGCUCUCAAGCAGACACAGGGUGGAGACGGCCAGUACACCGAACCUUAUCGUCUGUACAACGCAGACGUGUUUGAGUACGUCCUCGACAGCCCCAUGACUCUCUAUGGCGCCAUUCCAUUCAUGCAGGCCCACCGCAAAGACUCGACCGUGGGUGUCUUCUGGCUCAAUGCUGCCGAGACAUGGAUUGAUAUCACCAAGGAUAAAAGCAGCGGUAUCGUCAGCUCCAAGACAACUAUGAACACCCACUGGAUGUCGGAGAGUGGUCUGUUGGACGUCUUCGUCUUCCUUGGACCUACUCCCCAGGACGUGACCAGAAACUACGUUCAACUCACCGGCACGACUGCCAUGCCCCAGGAGUUUGCCAUUGGCUACCAUCAAUGCCGCUGGAACUACGUUUCUGAUGACGAUGUGAAAGAUGUCGACCGCAAGAUGGACCGAUACAAGAUCCCCUACGAUGUCAUUUGGCUCGACAUUGAAUUUGCUGACGACAAGAUGUAUUUCAACUGGGACAAGGACAUGUUCAAGGACCCCAUCAGCAUGGGCGCGCAUCUCGAGGAGCAUGGUCGGCAGCUUGUCCUCAUCAAUGAUCCUCACAUCAAAAACAAGGAUGGCUACAGCGUCGUCUCUGAGCUCAAGAGCAAGGACCUUGCUGUUCGUAACAAGGACGGCAACAUCUUUGACGGCUGGUGCUGGCCAGGCUCCUCUCACUGGAUUGACUGCUUUAACCCCAAGGCCAUCGAGUGGUGGAGUGGUCUUUUCAACUACGACGCGUUCAAGGGCACCCUCAAGAACACCUUCAUCUGGAAUGACAUGAACGAGCCCUCAGUCUUCAACGGCCCAGAGGUCACUAUGCCCAAGGACAAUAUCCACUUCGACGAUUGGGAGCAUCGCGACGUGCACAACCUGAAUGGCAUGACCUUCCAUAAUGCCACCUACCAGGCACUCCUUACGCGCGAGAAGGGCGAGCUACGUCGACCUUUCGUUCUCACUCGAUCUUUCUACGCUGGCUCGCAGCGUUACGGUGCCAUGUGGACUGGUGAUAACCAGGCGUCCUGGGAGCAUCUCGGCAUCUCACUCCCCAUGAUCCUCAACCAGGGCAUUUCUGGCUUCCCAUUCUCUGGCUCUGAUGUUGGUGGCUUCUUUGGCGAUCCUGAGGCGGACCUUAUCGUUCGCUGGUACCAGGCUGGCGCCUUCUACCCCUUCUUCCGCGGACACGCCCAUAUCGAUGCGCGCCGCCGCGAACCCUACCUGCUGGACGAGCCGUAUCGAGGUAUUGUCACUGCGGCGCUGCGUCUCCGUUACACCCUCCUGCCUUCCUGGUACACUGCCUUCCAUGAAGCUCAUCGCAACGGCAGCCCAAUCGUGCGUCCCCUGUACUGGACUCAUCCCUCUGAUGAGGGCGGUUUCACUAUUGACGACCAGUUGUUUGUUGGUUCGACUGGUCUUCUUCACAAGCCUGUUGUGGAACAGAACCAGGAGUCGGUUGAGAUCUACAUUCCCGAUGAUGAGCUCUACUACGACUACUUCACUUAUGAUGUCAAGUCGACGUCAAAAGGCAAGCGCGUCUCAGUGUCCACGCCUCUCGAGAAGGUGGCGCUCCUCAUGCGCGGCGGUCACGUCUUUGCCCGUCGUGAUAUUCCCCGUCGCUCGAGCCAUCUCAUGAGGUUCGACGACUACACCCUGGUCGUCGCUGUGAACAAGGCCGGCAAUGCUGAGGGCGAACUCUACGUCGAUGACGGCGACUCUUUUGAUUACGAGGGCGGGCAAUACAUCCACCGCAAGUUCAACCUCGACAAGGCCGCCAAGACGCUUUCGUCAGUGGACGCCGAGGGCCGUGAUACCAAGGCCAUCAAGGCAGGCAAGUGGCUCGAGGCUAUGGAGGCUGUCCACGUCGACAAGAUUAUCGUUGUCGGAGCCCCGGCUGCGUGGGACAAGGCGGCGGUAAAGGUUGAGUCGGAGGGCAAGACAUGGACGGCGCAGGUCCGCUACCACAAGGCGGAGAAGGGUCGGGCGGCAUUCGCGGUGGUUGGCCGCGUCGGUGCUCGCAUCGGCGCUGAUUGGACUAUCAAACUAGCAUAG